GACACUUUUAUUCAAGAACAGUCCUUUGGUUCAAGAAGCAUGGAAAAUCACAGCUCUUGUGAAUCAUGAAGCCCAGAAGCAAAGACCCAAAAGAAGACAAGUUUGCAACUUCCGCUACCCCAGUAACAAACAGCCAACACUAAUUGUAGAUGUUCUAUUCACCAAAACUGGCAGAAAGUAUGCCACAGUUCCUGAAAAGCACAUCACGCCAAAGGAAACCUUCAUUUCUUGCAUGAGAUGAAAACUGUACUUCAUAGAAGUUUGGUUUUAAUGAAGGCAGUGUAUCAAAACAUUUUUCACCUGACCUUGAAAUGGCAACACGCCUGAUUCACUUUGGUGAUCAGGUUCCACUUCACAGGAAACAGAGAACAAAUUUAAUUUUCUCUUUUAUAAACAUGCACACACACACACACACUAAUUUAAAUGUGAUCUCCUGUGAUUUGAAUACUACAGGUCUAGCUCAGCACACAGAACUGCUGCCAGCAAAGUGCAAUCUGCUCACUGAAGGCAAGACAGCAUGAAUGGCAGAGGGCAAAAGAGAUCUCGUCCAGCCACCCAGGUCUAAGAGCUGAAACCUGAGCCACUAACUGAGGUUUUCUGCCGUUCUCCUAAUUUAUGGCCACAUGGAGUCUUAGUCUGCAGGGAGUGAAUGUAUAUGGCUGCAUAGCCAUAUAAAAUACCUGCUUCACUGUAAAGAAGACAUAAAUACAUUUCAUUUGUAGUGCUCUUUGCUCAAAGCAAUAUCAAAGGGAGAAGCAGAAUUGCAUGUUUUCAGCUUUGAGAAGAUCUCUGCAAACAUGGCAUCUGAACACACCAGCAAUUUUACUACUCAACCAGGCCACACAGACCCAUUUACAACCUGCAAGAAUGAAGAUUUCUCAGAGGGGAAAUACUAUCUCACUGCCUUUUACAGCCUAAUCUUCGUGCUGUGCUUCCCAGCGAACAUCAUGACAAUUUUUGUUUACUUUGUCAAGAUGAGGCCCUGGAAAAGCAGCACCAUCAUUAUGUUCAAUCUGGCUAUCACUGACCUAUUAUAUUUAGCCACGCUUCCUUUCUUUAUACACUACUCUUUUAAUGGAAAUAACUGGAUUUUUGGAGACUUCCUGUGCAAGUUUAUUCACUUUGGUUUCAACUUCAACAUGUACAGUGGUAUUAUCUUCCUUAGCUGCUUCAGCGUCUUACGCUUUUUUGUAGUUGUCUACCCAAUUAAAUUCUUUUUUGUUAAAAAACGGAGAUGGGCAGUGGUGACUUCUGUAGUUGUUUGGAUGAUUUCCCUGGCCACCAUCAGCCCCCUGGGCAUCUUGAUUGCCACAAGGCAUACGCAGAACAAGACAAUCUGUCCUGACCUGUCUGCUGCUGCGGAUCUUGAAACUAGUCGAUGGUAUAACUGGCUGCUGAUGAUGUUUGCCUUCCUAUUGCCCUUGAUUACUGUGACUCUGUGCUACGUGCUCAUUAUUUACACCUUAGCCACUGGGCCACACACACAGGCUUGCUACAAACAGAAGGCUCGCAGACUUGCCAUUGUCAUCUUGGUGCUCUUCUAUGCAUGCUUCCUCCCCUUCCACAUCUUUCGAGGAAUUCGCCUGGAGAUCCGAGCACGACCGGUUAGCUGCCACUUGAAUAACUUGAUCCAUAAUAUGUAUAAUAUCGUUAAACCUUUAGCAGCAUUAAAUACCAUUGCAAACCUCCUGUUCUAUGUAGUGACAGUAGACAACUUCCAGAAAGCAGUCCUCUCCCUCCUCAAGUUACUGAGAAACAGGUACUUGAAGAGAUUGAUGCCAUAAAAGUUACGGAAGAAGUGUCCAAACCUGCCCUCAACUAGCCAGGUACAACC